AUAACACACACCUUCUUUCUGCCUCUCUCCCGCUCUUCCGCGUUCUCGGGCGCAUUUCAACUCGUUCCAUCUCCCUCGCUCUCUCUCUCACCCUUCUCGUCAUAAUCUUGCCCCUGCAGCGCCUCAUCACUCCCAAAUCGGCUCUUCCAACCUUUACACCGCAUUCAUUCAUUGCGUUGUGGCUGUAGUCUUUUGGAUCGCAAUGGAACAGCAUCAAGACACAGCUACGUCCAACUAUUUUACCAACAAUGACUCGAGCAAUCAGCACGCCCUCCCUUCAUUUGCUGUGGAGACCGCCGUUCCAUUUGACUUCGACGAGUGGUCAAAGAAAGCUGCAAACGCCGAAUAUCCAUAUACUCCAUCUUACGCUUCAUACAACUCUCCCGGCUCUAAUCUUUCUGGCUUGUCCGCUCCUUUGGAUAGUGCAGACGACGAUUUCGAGUUUAUGCACCACACCAAAGUUGGAUCAUACGGUGAAGACCUAGUUGGAUUAGGCAUCCACAACCUUGGCGACGAAGACGAAGGUUACAAUCCCCAUCAUUUCUCAUCAAUCGCUCCAGGGGCAGAAGAGUUUCCUUUGAUUGAAGACCAGUUUGGAAAUACGUUUGUAUACGACGCGCCUUCAAACGCAAGUAGUCCCCCCCCACAUAUAAACGAACCCACUGCGUACUAUCGUCCUAGUCCUGAUCACUCCCCAGGUUCAAGUGUGGGUGACAUAGAAAAUCCUACUAAAAGCCGCGCUUCCUCCGUGUCUUCCUUCCAUCGAUCCCCCCGCACUCAAUCGACCGCGCCUCCGGGUUUCAACGAGUCACUGGCCGGUCUCAACUUUGGUGUAACAUCAGGCGCUGAGAGCCCAGAAUUACACGCACAUCGGGUUGCAUCUCCCGGUAUCAUCUCUGCUCCUAUCGACGCACCAAGUCCACCUCCAUCAUCCACAUCCCCUCCUGCACCUCAUCACGCUCAUACGAAAUCUCUGACUCAACCCCUCGUCAUUCCAGCUUCCCCUUCACUUCAUCCUUUCAACUCCCUACAUAAUAACGAACACGAAGGAGAAUCUCAAGAGACUGCCAAGGUAGUAGAUAACAUGGCAACUGCGGCGGCCUUUUCAACUGCGUUCCUCCAACCCCCCCAUGAUCCUACGUUUGCACUGCCUAGGUUCCCCGUACAGGAUUCCGCCGCCGACAAUGAGGGUCCCGCUAUUCGACUUAUUCCCAGUACGCCCAUCACCGCUGGUGGGAGCGUCGCGCGGGGGGUUAUGCGUCCCUCUCCCUUGUCGUUUGUCCCUGAGGAUACAGGUGCGAAUGAGUCAACGUUCCCGCCUCCACAACCGGACAAUGGGUCUGUAGAUCCUGCCGCGAGCUGGAAUACUCAAGUAGUAAGUCGCCUUUUUUUCGAUGCACUUACGUGUCUUAUUGGAACUAUUUUUAUUUUUUCUUCAUUUUUAGAAUGCUCCGCAAUCUAUGGGUUAUCCUCUUCCGGCGUUUGAACGCCCUGUAGCUACUUCCUCGUGGACAUCGGAUUCCCUCCUACUAGGUGGGGGUGGCUCAUUCACGAACGGGUCACCUCGCAACCAAAGCCUUAAUUUCAAUG